UUUGCAAGAUUUGCAAACGUCAAAAACAAUAAUUGUUUUUUUUUUCGAAUGUUUUGUAUAGUUUUGUAAUUUGUUAUCAAUUAUCAAUUAAGUAAAUGAGCAACACGAGCGAAAAUAAAUCGCGAAAAAUAUAAAAUUGUUAAUGGUGAUAACCUUCCGGGCUCUGCUACGAUAAAAUAUUCAAUUUUUACAGUAAACGAUGCCAAAUCAACCUGAAGACGAUGAUUUCUUUGAAGAAAUCUUCAAUGAAUUUGAAUUGAUAAAGUUUUCUGACGAAGUACAAAAUGCUAUAGAACAGGUUGUACCUAGUGAUGACACACUUGACGUUGCGGAUUUCAAUCCUAUCGAUUAUAUCAAUUCCAUUUUCCCUACCGAGCAGUCGUUGUCCAACAUAGAUCAAGUUAUUAGUAAUAUGGAAACCAAAGUGUACAAUAUUGAUACAGAAAUCCGAAAUGUUGUAAGACAACAAACGAAUAUGGGACAAGAUGGACGAUCUGCUUUACUUGAUGCUCAAAAAGUAAUCAAUCAACUACUAAUACAAAUUCGUGAAAUCAAAUGUAAAGCUGAAAGUUCUGAAGAAAUGGUUCGUGAAAUCACUCAAGAUAUAAAACAGCUCGAUUGUGCAAAAAGAAAUCUUACUACUGCAAUAACCACUUUAAAUCAUCUCCACAUGUUGGUUGCAGGAGUGGAUUCUUUAAAAAAUUUAAUAAAAAAUCGACAAUACAGAGAAAUUGUGAUGCCUCUACAAGGAAUCACUGAAGUAAUAAAACAUUUUUCAAAUUUCAAAGAUAUUUCUCAAAUUAACCAGUUAUCUGCCGAGGUUAGAGAAAUACAAAUAUCCUUGGCUGAACAAAUCACCGCUGAUUUUCGUAAUGCUUUUUCCGGAUCUAAUACAAAAAAUUUCGUGUUAGAUUGGCAGCUCGCUGAAGCUUGCCUCGUAGUAUCCAUUUUAGAUCCUAAAGUGAAAAAAGAUUUACUGAAAUGGUUUAUCGAUUUGCAAUUAUCAGAAUAUGUGCAUUUAUUCCACGAAGCUGAAGAUGUGGCAUGGAUCGAUAAGCUCGAUAGACGAUAUGCCUGGUUCAAGAAACAUCUGUUGAAUAUUGAAGAUAAAUUUGGAGCUAUGUUUCCCGCUGACUGGGAACUUUCUGAACAAAUCACUGUUGAAUUUUGUUCUAUUACCAGGAGUGAAUUAUCUCGAAUUAUGGGCAAAAGGAAAAAUGAAAUUGAUGUCAAAUUAUUAUUAUUUGCAAUACAACGUACGAAAAAUUUUGAAAACUUAUUGAGUCGGCGUUUCAGUGGAAUAACUCUUCUUUCAGAGGAAAAAAAACAGCAGUACCUGCAAUCGGGUUCUCAAAAUCAGUCAAAUAGUAAGCUGGACUUUAAUAGUGAAACUGACUCAUUACAAGAAACCGCAGAUUCUGGAAAUACUCAAAAGGAAUCUGAGAUGGAGAUGGAAUCUCCUUUUAAUGGAAUAAUAGGCCAAUGUUUUUUCCCUCAUCUUUAUGUUUAUAUAAACAGUGUCGACCGAAAUUUAUUUGAACUGAUUGAAAGAUUCGCAACGGAUACAAAAGCUGAAUUAGAUCGAGAAGACGCGACCUGUGAAACUAGUCCCGCCAUCGUCUUAUCCAGUUCUGCUGAUUUAUUUUUGUUCUAUAAAAAGUCGUUGGUACAAUGCAAAGAGCUCAGUAAUCAACAGCCCAUGUUAUCUCUGGCGAAUACAUUCCAGAAAUAUUUACGUGAAUAUGCGACUAAAAUUUUGCAAAAUAAUUUACCAAAGUUAGGUAAUAUGGCUCCUUCAUUGAGUGCUAGUGUUACGAGUAUUACUAGGGAAUUGCGCGAUUUCAGCGCAGCAGGAUUAAUUAGAGAUUUUUCAUUCAGAACACAAUCCGACACUAGCAAAUAUACUACCCAAGAGUUAUCAAGAAUUUGUUGUAUUUUAUCAACUGCAGAGUACUGUCUAGAAACUACACAACAACUGGAAGAAAAGUUGAAAGAAAAAAUUGACGUUACGCUGAGAGAGAAAAUCAACAUGUCUCAAGAACAAGACAUAUUUCAUAAUAUCAUAUCAACGUGCAUUCAAUUUUUGGUUCAAGAUUUAGAAAUAGCUUGUGAACCGGCCUUGACAGCUAUGACCAAGAUUCAAUGGCAAAAUUUAGAAAGUGUGGGUGACCAAAGCAGUUAUGUGAAUGCAAUAGUGGCUCACUUGAAAUCUGUUGUACCUUUAGUACGAACCAAACUUUCAUCUUCUCGAAAAUAUUUCACUCAAUUUUGUAUCAAAUUUGCCAAUUCUUUCAUCCCGAAAUUCAUUCAGCAUAUACACAAAUGUAAAUUAUCAACGGUUGGAGCUGAACAACUUCUACUUGAUACACAUUCUUUGAAAAUAGUUUUACAAAAAUUACCAUCAAUAGAUUCUCAGGUGAAUCGGGAACCACCUAGCAGCUAUACCAAAGUAGUAUUAAAAGGAAUGACGAAAGCUGAGAAUAUUUUAAAAGUUGUUAUGACUCCUCAAGAACCAGAUAAAACUUUUGUGGAUCAGUUUUUGCGGCUUUUACCUGAAUCCGAUGUAUCCGAAUUCCAGAAAAUCUUGGACAUGAAAGGGUUGAGAACUGCAGAAAAAAAUAAUUUAACUGCUUUAUUCCAUCCUCACAAUCCAAGUUUUGUUACUGGAUCGCAUACUUCAAGUCCGAAACACGACACAAGUAAUGUCAGAAAGCUUGAUAAUUUGAUAAAGAAAUUUAAUUAAUGUACGAGUAGGCACCACGUUGCAUUCUAAAACCCUUUCAGCUGAAUUGAAACUUAACGAAGUAUAAUAUCUUGUACCGUCACUCUAGAAGUUGUGAUAUUUCAUAAGUAUAAUUCAUUUUUUAAAUAAAUUUUUGUUUCAUUAAAA